AUGGAUUCAAACUGGAACACAAAGGACCUUUACCUACUGGCUUUGGAAGUUUCUCAUCUUCACAAAAUUGGCUAUGGAGAGAUAAUGUCCAUGAGACUCAGAAAUGGAAUUCAAAUAUCCUGUACUCUAGAUAACGGAGAAGAGAUCGGGUUUGGGCAUUUGUGGAGGUACGAAGGAGAAGAGGCAGAGACCAGAUUCAAACUAUGUUUGGUAGAAACACAGCUGAAAAAUUCGACUGAGGGCGCUGUGGAUCAUUUACUGAUGAUUCUUCCCAACACCUCGAAAGCGAACCAGCUUACAAUAUUCAUGAUCUUCUAUAAGCUUACCACAAAAUAUAAAGUAUAUGAUAAAAGAAUCCUUCGCGAGUGUAAAGCACAUUUGCAUGCCAUUCACUUAAGGUAUCCCAUUCUAAAGACAUUGGUAGCAUAUACUCUCUUUAAAGAAGAUCUUGUUUCUGAGGAAUUUACUGAUGAAGAAAUCAUAGAAAUGAAUCUGGUAGAUCCUAGAAACUUGAAUCCAGAAAAUCCAGACGCAGUAAGACUUGUGAAAAGAUUGUUUUCUACUAUCACCAAGACCUCCUUUAGAUACUCAAGAAGAAUAUUUAAGCAUAUGGACGAGAAGUUCUUUUUUCAUUUUCCCUUAGAGCUUAAUGGAGUAGGAUACUCACAUCUUCGGGAACUGAUUGGAGAGCUCUCGCCUAGAAAGGCUUUGUCUAUUGGAGAAAUAAUUUGCAGCAGAUCAGCAGUUCGGCUGUUCUUUCCCUUGAAGAUAGACGACGUGGAGAGAUUUUUCAUUCACAAAGAUGUAGAGGUUAGAAUAGAAUCGGUUAGACAUAUAGAUACCGUAGGAUUGAUGAAGAGAUUUCUUGAAGUUAACCAAUUUAUCUAUAAUCGAAAUAUGGUGAAGUUGUUGUCUAGGUAUUUUCGUAUAUGGCUUGGAAAGAGAGUUAACGAAGAGCAUGAGUUUAAGGUGAUGUAUACUGAGAUUGUAUCACCGAUGCUUCGAAGCAGAAACACAUAUAGAAGACUUCUGGGGGUUCACUUGAUGGACUCACUUAUAGAUAUAGGAGUUGUAGAACCAUCAGGGCAUUCCUGGUUAUUAUUUGAUCCGGACUAUGAGAUAAGAAGUAUCGUAUGCAAAUACAGUGGGUGGAUUCCCUUAAACAUAGAAGAGGCCAGAAUAAGAAUAGAAAGUUAUCAAUCCUAUGAUGUGAAUGGAUGUGUAGAAUACAUCAAGAGUUGCAGGCCAGAAUGGCUUAUUAGCGAUCUGAAGGAUAUUUUGGAUACCUAUGCAAAGGACUUUAUGAGUGGAAAAAAAGGCAUAGAAGAGGUUCCAAUAUAUGGAUUUCUCAGACUGUUUUCAGAGGUAAAGAGUUACAACAUAAAGAUCUAUGUAGACAGGGUUUACGAAUACUGUUUUGGAAAACUCUCCAAUGUUAUUCAUGAACAAGAUGACGAUGGCCUAGUGGUCUAUUGGAAAAAUAUGAAAGAAUGUUGUAACUAUUACUGCUCAUUAGCACUAGAAGGGGACAAGAGUUCGGCAGCCAAACUUGUAAGAACUCUUCUCUAUAUCAAUCAUCUAGGUGUUGUAUUACAGGUGUCUCAAUACCUAAAUAAGGUGCUUAGAAGUGUGGUUUUUCCCCAGGACGAACUACUAGAGAUAGUAGAUCUAUCGUUCAAAAGAAUUCAAAAUUGCAAGAUCUUUUUCAGAAAAAGCGGAGGAAUACCUUUGUUACUUGUACAGAUUCUUAGGAACUAUCCAUCCAUCAUUAAUUAUGUUUUAGAAAGAUUACUCGAAAUGAUUGACAAAGAUGAAAACAAUAUCAAAGUUCAUUGUUUGAACAUUCUUAGCAGGAUUAUCGGGGAUGGAAGUCUCAGCCCAAAAAUACCUCUUCAGACGAUCGAAUUGUUCAAAAUUUCCUUCAGAUGUAGUAGAUCCAGCCUUUGGGCCGUAAGAAAUAUAGGAAUAGAAAUAUUUUCUCAUUUAGUUCGGAAGGUGUUUGAAAGAGGACCUGAAUUUAUUGUUUCCAUAGCCCACAAAGAAUUUCGAAAUCUGUUAUAUGAGGAGCUUAGUUCCUGUAGCCACAAUAAGGAUGACAUUCUAGUGUUUCUUAUACUCCAUUUAUAUGGAAGAGUAAAGAAGCUAGACGAGAGAGAAAUGGAGUUGGUUAGAAGAUUUUCGAGUAGAAGUGACCUGAUAGGAUUAGAGUCUAAGAGUAUUUGCGAAGGAAAGGAAUGCAGGAGACCUCAGUAUCGGGAGACGAGAAUAAAAUUUGAUGACAAAAUGAACGAAGGAGAAAUACUUCUAAGAUUGCUAAUCCUCUUGGACUCGGAGCAACCUGAGGAAAGAAGAAUGGCCGAGUCUUAUAUGAAAGAUGUUUACAAAUUAUCUCUGUAUUCCGAAGAGUAUUUCAGACAUUACAUAGCAAAAAGGAUAUGCAGAAUUGGAUACAAAGAUGUUGCAGUUAAGAAGCUUCAGGAAUAUGGGCUAGGUGUUGAAAAAUCUCAGAGCUGUUUCUUUAAAGAUUCUCCAUCCAAUGAACGCUUUGAUCUGGAAUAUAACAUAUCUCUCAUAGAGAAGUAUAAAAGUCAAAAAUGGUAA